AUGAGCUCUGAAUCAACUAAGUCCAGCCAGGCUUCAUUGACUGAAGGAGAGAAGCAAAAGCAACUCGACCGUGGUCUCAGGGAGAUGGUCUCUGCCAUAACUCGUCGGGCUGCUGAUCUUCAUACAUCAGACUCGAUCCAUCACCUGCAGCAGCAGGAUGACAAUGAUCAGGAUGAUCAUCAUGGCGUAAGAAUCGUCACCCUUGCCGGAACCAACACAGGAGCCACUCUCCGAAGCGAGAUGGACGAGAAAGCCGAUCCUCCUCAUGAUGGGCUUUCGCUUGGGGAGCCUGAGACGCUGAUCACCUACGUGAACAGCAACUUCCAGGCCAUCAACAACUCAAUCAUGAUGGGUGGCAGCUACGGCACCAACGACCCAAGUGUUCAUUUGGACAUCUCGAACUACUUCGACAACAAAGGCCAUAGCCCAGACAAACAUGGAAAAAAGGGUAAGAAAAAGGAUAAGAAAAACCUUGAAAACGAGCACCAUCCCGUGCAUUCUGAUUGA